UGUGGAAUCGGAAACAAAUCGUUUUCUGUGAUGGAAUGGAUAGAAGCGAAUCCUAGCGAACGUAAACACCAUUUGCCUGAACUUUUGUCUCUUGUGCGCCUUCCGCAGCUAAAUAUGCACUAUCUUUUAGAAAAUGUACGUCAAAACAAUAUGGUCAAGGUGUGUUCAGAAUGCGAGACUUUGAUAUGUUAUGCUUCUAUUGACUCCAGGAAUCGCGUGAAUUUGAUUUCGCGACCCCUGACACCGUCAUCGCAAGCACUUCGUUGUCGUCCGAGGAAAAGUGUGGCUGGCGUGAUCUUCUGCGCUGGUGGUCGUGGUACCGGUGGUGAUCCGUUCCGAUCUGUGGAGGCAUUUGACUGUCGACUGAAUCGAUGGAUUUCUAUAUGCGAAAUGACUCAGCAACGAAGGCAUGUCGGAGUUGUGAGUGCUUGGGGUAAACUUUUUGCAAUUGGUGGUCAUGACGGUAUGCAGCACUUGGCGUCUGCAGAAAUGUUCGAUCCCAAGCAAAGUGUUGGUUGGUGUCGAAUAGCUCCAAUGCACACAUGUCGUCGUGGAAUCGCUGCUGCGUCCCUCGACGGUGCAAUUUACGCCGUUGGAGGGCUUGACGACACUACUUGUUUUAGUACGGUCGAACGAUACGAUAUCGAAUCGAACACAUGGUCGGAAGUCGCACAGAUGAAUGUUCGUCGUGGUGGAGUUGGUGUCAGUGCACUUGGAAAAUUCUUGUUUGCUGUUGGCGGCAAUGAUGGCUCAUCGUCUCUCGAUUCCUGUGAACGCUACGAUCCAGUGCUAGAUAAGUGGAAGCUUGUGUCGAAGAUGACAAAUCGCAGGGCAGGAGCCGGUGUGUGUGUUCUGGAUGGUGCACUUUACGCACUUGGAGGGUUCGAUGACAACUCACCGCUAUCCACUUGCGAGCGCUACGACCCGAACACUGAUCAGUGGGUACAGCUCGCGAAUAUGACAUUCUCUCGAGGCGGGGUCGGCGUUGCUUCCAUGGGUGGUCUCGUUUAUGCAAUUGGUGGUCAUGAUGGGCAACGCUACCUCAAUACAGUUGAAGCUUACGACCCAGUCACGAAUUCCUGGAGACCAGUUACGGACAUUAAGGAUUGCAGAGCUGGUGCUGGUGUGGCAUGGGCAGAUUGCAGUAUUGAUGACUUACUUCGGUCAUUUCAAUCUGACAGCGGCUAUGCACCAUCGAGAAGUAAUCAAUGUAUAUAG